AUGGGCUUGACCCAAAGACGGCAUGACGUUUGUGUAAACCCGAUAGUCGCCUUCAGCAUGUUGUCUCGUCGCGCUCUCACCAUUCUUGCCCUCGUCACUGUCACUGCCGUUGUCUUCCUCUUUUCAUCGAGGAGACUCGGUGCUGACUGGGCCGUCGAGGGCCCCAACUACCAUCCUUUCCCACACGGCCAAGCUUCCCCGUCUGCUGGCUCGUCUCAUUCAACUCCUUCCCCUCCUCCCGGCCGCGUUGCGCCUCCCGUAAAUAAGCCCGCCUUGGAGCAUGACAACGCCGCUCAACACAAUGUUUCGAACCAAGAUAUUCCUUACCGCCCUCACGAUCCCGUUUGCGACACCUUCCCCGACACGAGCAACAUUCUCGUGGUCAUGAAAACGGGCGCCACCGAGUCCUUUGACAAAGUCCCUACCCAGCUUAUGACCAUGCUCAAGUGUCUGCCCGAGUUUUUCAUCUUCUCCGACCUCGACCAGACCAUCGCAAACUACCACAUCCGCGACAGUCUCGAUUCCGUUCUCCCCGAGGCCAUGGAUGGCAACAAGGACUUCGACCUCUACCGUCGCCAGAAGGCGUGCCAAGCCGACCAGCAGAGCUGUAACAAGCUGGCUGUUUCCAAGGAUGAGGGCUGGAAUCUCGACAAGUACAAGAAUGUACACAUCGCUGAGAAGACUUAUCACAUGCGCCCCAACUACGACUGGUACAUUUACAUUGACGCCGACACCUACGUCCUCUGGCCUACCCUCGUUCAGUGGCUCAAGAAGCUCAACCCCAAGAACAAGCACUACCUCGGCAGUGUCACCAUGAUUCGCAACUUCAUCUUUGGUCACGGUGGCUCCGGCUACAUCGUCUCUCAGGCCGCCAUGCACGACAUGAUUGCCGGUCGCGAAAAGGUCGGAAACCAAUGGGACGUCCGCGCCAGCAAAGAAUGCUGCGGUGACUACAUUUUUGCUCUGGCCAUGAAGGACAACGCUGACGUGAACGUUCACAACGUGUGGCCCACGAUUAACGGCGAGAAGCCCUUCACGCUUCCCUACGGCCCGUCGCAUUGGUGCCACCCCAUCGUCACAAUGCACCACAUGAACGCCGAAGAAAUAUCGUCCUUCUGGGAAUUCGAACACGCCCGCUACGCCGACCCAACCCUCCCGAGCCCGCCACCCGUUAUGCGCAUCAAGGAUAUUUACGAGAAGUUUUUCGCUCCGAAAAUGCAGGCCGAGCGCGCCGACUGGAAUAACCUCGCCGAUGACCGCUACUACAUCGACCUGGAUUCAGAGUCACAAUACGACGACGGACAGAUUGACCGCGCCAAGAAGGAGGACCUGACGCCCAUCGAGAAGGAGGCGUACAAGUCAUUCGCUAACUGCCGUAAGGCCUGCGAGGCAGACCAGUCAUGCUUCUCCUUCCAGUACAAGGAGAAGCUCUGCGCUUUUAGCUGGUCUUUCAAGCUUGGCCAUCCCGUCAAGAAGGAAUCCCAGGAGGCCAAGCGCGUCUUGUCUGGCUGGGACGUUGAGAAGAUCAAUGCCUGGAUCAAGAAGCAGGGCGAGUGUGGUCCCGUCAAAUGGCCCGACGUCUGA